AUGACCACCUCCAUCCCGCAAUCCCCCACCGACGACGACAACAAGUCCUUCGACCUGAACCUCCAGCACGGGCACAAGGACCUGGUGCAGGCGAUUGCGUUCAACGCGUACGGCGACCGAUGCGCGACGGGGUCGGUGGAUGGCAAGAUUCGGGUCUUCAACCGGCACAAGGAUGCGACGUGGAGGCUGUGCGAUACGUGGAGCGCGCAUGGAGGAGAAGUCAUUGAGCUACAAUGGUUGCCGUCCACGAUAUAUCCCAACCUCAUAGCUUCACUCGGCAUCGAGGGCUGGUUCCGCCUCUGGGCUGAAAACCCUUCUGCUGCGCCCGGACGGCGCUUCUGCGCUGCACGGUCGGUAAAUGGCCGGCCAGCGUUUGACACACGGUCGGCGCGAUCCCCGUACCGGUCCUUUUCGAUGAAGCACAAUGAGGAGACGAGGCAGACGUACCUAGCUCUACUAGCAACCGAUGGGCGGCUGACGGUGUACGAGAACGACCAGCCCGAGAACCUGGCCGAGUACACGUCCAUUGACGAAUUCACAAUCUGCCCCAAGCCGAGCCGCGGUGAAGAGGUGUCUUUCAAGGUGCGCUUCGACCCAAACCCAGAGCCGUGCUACACGGCGCUGAGAGCAGGCGUGCCGUCCGACGCGCUGGGACUGGUGGUGGCGGGUAUGAACUCGGUCAAGGUGUACCGCACGAGGGAGAUUGCAUCGGCAAGCUUCGGCGCCAACACGCUGCAAAAGGAAUUCUAUCUAGCCGUCGAGAUUAUGGGCCAUAGGGGGCUGGUCAGGGACGUGGCGUGGGCGCCGGGCAACAUCAGGGGCUACGACAUGAUUGCCACGGCGUGCCAGGACGGGUAUGCUAGGGUUUUCCGCAUCGACACGCCGUACUCGGAUAACGAUGGCCAGUCGUGGUCUGCGUCGCAUCUGCUCAAGCCGGAUGGGCGUGCGCACAAGGAGUCGUCGCCUACUGCUACGAAGGAGGAGAAGGAGAGUAAUACGCCGGGAUCCAGCUCGAAUCUUAACAACAACAACAAUAACAAUAACAACGGCAACAGCGUGCCUCAUCACCAUCACCAGCCGUCAUCGACUCUCAGCGCGAGCCUCGCCAAGUCGAGCAACGUCGGCGAGCGCCUGUGGACGGGCCAGCCGGGGCAGAUCCCGCACGUGGCACAGGAAGUCUCGCGGCUGGACAGCCACCGGACGCCGGUGUGGCGCGUGGGCUUUGAUGAUGAUGGGCAGAUUUUGGGCAGCACGGGGGAUGAUGGGCGGUUGCUGUGUUAUCGGCAGACGCCGGAUGGGCUGUGGGCGAAGAGCAGUGAGUUGGUGAUGAUGAAGACGAGGAUGGCGACGCCUUGA